ACAAACAUGUACCUAUAAAUAGCAAAAUCAGAGAAACUGAUUCAGAAACUGAGGCGCUCUCUUCAUUUUUUCCAGAGCUGUAGGAGGCUCGUGAGGGCUCGCUGUUCUCCUCUCCUCCAGCAGGUGUCGCCAGCGCCGCGGUGUGAGGCUCAGAGAGCGGCCGGUGUGAUGCAGGGCGAGGCGGGGCCAGCCGCGCUCUCUCUCUCGGUGCUGGAGAAUCCGCGGCUUGUUCUCCGCGGCGGGGUGAGAGUAACGCCUCUCCGGUUGAACGGGGCUCGUGCAUCGUGAGGACAGUACCGUCGCAAACGAGAUCGGCUCGGAGGCGCGCGAUGUCCCGGAUCUACGGUUGCACCUGGUCUCGAGCUCGCGCGUUCAGCCCGUGUGUUCCGGCCGGACUGUGAGUAGCGUGCGGAGUCCGAGGAGGAGGAGAACCAAAACAAAAGCAGGACCGGCAGAAUGAGCGAGGAGGCGUCUCACGUGCCCAGAGAAGUGCUGGAGAGUGUGAAGGAUGCUGUGGGGAGGAAGAUCAAGCUGGCGGUUAAGAAGAAAGUUAAACUGGAAAUCAAAGGGGACAAGGUGGAGAACAGAAUCCUGGCACUGGCGUCACAUCGUGGAUACCUCCUCACAGCACGAGUACCAGCCAAGGUGGAACAGACGUUCAGCUAUCUGGAGAUUCAGGGCAUCACAUGCAACAAACCCACACAGUUUGUGCUGGAGUAUGAGAGGGGUCAGAUCUCACUGAAGUUGGUGUCUGUGGAGGAGGUGAAUGAGCUGGUGGCUCACAUCGGUAGCUGUCUGCAGAGGAUCUGCCCCGGCCUGUCUCCUGUUAAGGUGAUGAAGAAGUUGUCCAUGGAGCCUCCAGAGAGGACCACUGCUCUCCAGAGCACCUGGGAGAGUCAGAGCUCGGCAGAACCUGGACCCUGUGGGGGCUUUUCUCAGCAGUACAGGUGUGUGAGUGACUGGCUCGGCUUGCCGUAUAGAGAAGAGGUUCAGUGGGAUGUAGAUACGAUUUAUCUGACGCAGGACACGCGAGAGUUAAACCUACAGGACUUCAGCCACCUCGAGAACAGGGAUUUGGUAGCGAUAAUUGCAGUGCUGGAAUUUAACCAGUGGUUCACCAAGCUCUCCACAAAGGAUUAUAAACUGCCUGCAGAUGUGUGUGAUCAGAUUCUUCGAGUUGUGGCCCGCUCUAGUCGUCUGGAGGAGCUGGUCCUGGACAAUGCAGGACUCAAAACGGAUUUUGCACAGAAGCUGGCGAAUGCCCUCGCCCACAACCCCAACUCAGGACUGCACACUUUAAACCUUGCCAACAACCCUCUCGAGGACAGAGGAAUCGCCUCUUUGGGUGCUCAGUUUGCCAAACUCCGCAAAGGCCUCAAACACCUCAACUUCUCCAGAACCUCAUUGUCACCCAAAGGGGUGAACAGCCUUGCCCAGUCACUGAGUGCCAACCAGUCCAUCCCCAGCACCCUCAGCCACCUGGACCUCUCAGGGAACCUUCUGCGUGGAGAUGACCUAUCGCAUUUUUAUAACUUUCUCGGCCAACCGAACAGCCUGAGCACCCUGGACCUGUCCAAUACAGACUGCUCUCUGGACCUGCUUUGUGCUGCACUUCUUCGAGGAUCUGUCCAGCAUCUUGCUGUUCUCAAUGUUACCAAGAGCGUUUUUGCCCACAGGAAAAGUAAAGAUAUUCCUCCUACAUUCAAGCAUUUCUUCAGCAGCUCUAUGGCCCUCAACACCAUCAACGUAUCAGGAACCAAACUUCCACCUGAGGCUUUAAAAGCUCUUCUUCUCGGCCUGGCCAGUAACGCCAGCGUUAAAGAGGUGGCGCUGGACCUCAGCUGCUGUGAGCUGCGGUCUGGAGGCUCACAGAUUCUGGAGGGCUGCAUCGCAGAGAUCCCCAACAUUUCCAGCCUGGACAUCUCUGAUAACGGUCUGGACUCGGAUAUGAGCACCCUGCUGGUGUGGCUCGCUAAGAACCGGUCCAUCAGACACCUUUCUCUGGGGAAGAACUUCAACAACAUCAAAUCAAAAAAUUUGGCCCCUGUCCUGGAUAACCUGGUGCACAUGAUUCAGGAGGAGGAGUCGCCACUGACGUCUCUCUCUCUGGCCGAUUCCAAGCUGAAGGGUGAUCUGACCAUCGUGCUGAACGCUCUGGGCAGCAACAGCUCUCUGACCCGCAUAGACAUUAGCGGAAACGGAAUGGGAGAUAUGGGAGCCAAAAUGCUGGCCAAGGCUCUGCAGAUCAACAGUAAACUGAGGACGGUCAUCUGGGACAGAAACAAUGUGAGCCCACAAGGUCUACAGGACGUGGCAGCAGCACUGGAGAAGAACUUCACCAUCCGCUUUAUGCCCAUUCCAAUUAUUGAUGCGUCGCAGGCGCUGAAAGCCAGUCCAGAGAAAACUGAGGAUGCCUUGCUGCGGAUGGAAAACUACCUGUUCAGGAACCACGAGACCCGCAAGUAUGUCCAGGAGCAGGCGUACCGGCUUCAGCAGGGCAUCGUCACCACCACCACACAGCAGAUGAUCGACCGAAUAUGUGUGAAAGUGCAGGACCACCUCAACUCUCUGAAGAACUCUGAGAAAGACGGCAUCCUGGAGGAUGUCAAGAUAGCGGAGAACCUCAUAAAGGACGCAAGAAACUCAAAAACACUUCUACCCAAUCUUUACCAUGUGGGAGCAGCAUCUCGUGAGGAGAUGAAGGGCUCGUCUGCAGGCCCCAUCCAGGAGAAGCUGGACUCCAUGGCUGUAGAAGUGGCUCAGGUUAUGGACGAGCAGCUCCAGACCCUGCUAGAGUCGAUGGUGGACUCAGCUGAGAAUCUCUGUCCACACGUGAUGAAAAAGACCAACCUGAGGCAGGACCUGAUAAAGGCCAGCAUGGGCAAGAUGGUCAUCCCCUGCAGCUUUGUGAAGAACACACUGCUCGAGCAGUCUGGUGUCGACAUCAUCAACAAGAUCAGUGAAGUAAAGCUGAGCCUGGCCUCCUUCCUCUCUGACCGAAUAGUCGAUGAGAUUUUGGAAGCUCUUUCCAGCUCACAGAAUGCACUGGCUGAGCAUCUGGUGAGCAAAGGGCGCCCCCUGGUGCAGCAGGAGUCUUUGGAUCUGGACGUUCCCGAGGCGAGAGCCCCCAAACGGGGCAAUAUGGAGCUGCUGGAGGCCGAAAGGCUGGAUGACCUGGAGACCUGCAUGAUGACCCCGAAGUCUAAAAGGAAGAGCAUUCACAGCAGGAUGCUGAGACCUGUCUCCAGAGCUUUUGAGAUGGAGUUUGACUUGGAUAAGGCUCUGGAGGAUGUACCCAUUCAUUUGGAGGAUCCUACCCCUCCUUCUAAGUUGGAGAAGAAGACGUCUGGGGGCAUGGUUGAGCUGCCGUCUGAGGAGGCCAAGAAACUCCAACAUUACACCAAAUUACGACCCAAGAGGAACAAGAAGACCAACUCCAGUAGAGUCCCUCAGAUCAGCAGCGCACCUUCUCAAGACGGAGAGCAGAACGGCCUUAUGGGAAGAGUAGAUGAGGGAGUGGAUGAGUUCUUCUCCAAGAAAGUCACCAAAAUUGACAAGCGUCCCUCCCUGAAGAGCUCCGACUCUCAGGAUGGUGAGAAGAAACGCGACUCGCGAAAGGGAGGCUUCCUCAACCUCAUCAAGUCCCGCUCCAGCAAAUCUGACAAGGAGAAGGAAAAGGAGAAGGAGAGGGAGAAAGAGAAGGAGAAGGAAAAAGAGAAGGAGAAGGAGAAAGACAAGGCCUCCACCCAGGCUGCCCCUCUGGCCAUAGAGGAGCCCUCGUCCCCCAAGACCUCUGUACGAAGUCCUGCAGCCGAGGCUAAAGCCAAGUCCCAGUCUCUGCCCACAGAGCGCAGCAGCAGCUCUGACCGCUCUGAGGAGCUGAAGACUCCAGACUCUGUGGACUCAGAGCCCUCAGAUGGAAGUCCUCAGGGGGGCCGGAGAUAUGGCAUCCAAGUAAUGGGGUGUGGCCUGUUGGCGGAGAUGAAGGCAAAACAAGAGAAAAGAGCUACAUUCGUGACGCACAAGAUAUCAGACUCCUCAUCUAGUCCAGACAAGCCAGAUGGACCUCCAUCAGGUCCCAGAUCAGAGGGCAGUGGAAGUGGCAGUGUGAGUUCUCCAGAAAGAGUGUCUCGUGUUGGGAGUGAGGGCAAGCCUGAUACAGCACCCAAACCAAGACCCGCUGGCCCUACAAGCCCCAAACCACCUCCCCAGAGCUCCAAACCCACCCUGGCUGCUCGACCCGCCAUUCCACAGAAACCCCGCACCAGCAGCACUCGCAGUAUAGAAGAGGGCUCAGAGUCCCCUGUUGGAGGUCCUAAGACUCCAGGCCUGGUGUCGACACUGAGGAAAGCUCCCUCAGAUAAGGAGGGAACAUCCAGUCCUCUACAGAGCAGCUCAGCCUCCAAGACCUUUGCUCAGGAAGCCGCUGAGCCCGAGCUCGACAAACCAGCCGCACCCUCCAGAUCACCAGGCUCUCCACAGCGCUCGGAGGAGGAGGAGGGAGAGCAGGAGUGCACGACGUCUCUCUCACAGUCUGCACGGAAAGCCUCUUCAUCAGACACCCCUCGGCGUCCCAGCACAAACCAGCAGAACUCUGACGAGACCAGCUCCAAGGCCAAGGACAAAGCGGCCAAUGGUGAGAAAGACAAAGACAAGGACUCGAGCCAGGGGAGCAAAUCUGCUGACUCUGGAGAAGACACGGAUAAAGAUUUUAUUUUUAUAUAAGAGAAGGAGCGAAAGAGCGUGAGAGAGAGAGAGAGAGACCGCAGCACUCUGUGUUUCACUUCAACCUGUUUCAGGAAUCCCUCUGACCCCUCUCCUCCCUCAGACUGUUAGAAGUAAUGCAGCAUUCCAGUAAUACAAAUCCCUAUAAGGGGUAUGUGUGUGUACGUGUGUGUGUGUGUGUGUGUGUGUGUGUGUGUGUACGUUUGUGCAAUUGUACAUAACAACAUGCAUGUUCCCUGUAGAGUAUGUCUGAAUCCGUGCCUCUUCCUGGCACAUAAAGCACGCGUAUGCGCUGUAUGAAGUGUCUUGCUUUAGGGAAUAGUUUUAAUAUCCUCAUUUAUUUAAUAAUAAUAAUAAUAAUAACUAGGGCUGAAGCACUGUUAAUAACCUCCAAACGAGCAGGGUGUGUCUCACCACCCCCCUCGCUCUCUGAAAGCAGGGGAUGCGCUGACACUGUAGCUCAUACGUGUCACUGUCUGCCCUUGUGCCUUAGAGCUCCACUCAUCUACUGUACUGUGAUCACUCGAAGCAGGACACUGAUGGCGUCUUAGACACUGUAUAUGUAAGAGAGUGUGUGAAUGUGUGUGUGUGUGUGUGUGUGUGUGUACGUUAAAAGACUGUACAACCCCCAGCUGUAUAUGUUUAAACUAAAGAUAGAUAAAAGGAAAAAGGACUUCCAAUAGUGUGCGCAACACAAAUGUUGAUGUCAUUAAUGAUGUUAAUAGGGGUGUUCACCCUUCAAUAUCUUGCUCAUCCUGCUAAAUUUUCAGCUGAUGGUCUGUAAUCACAAACUGAUACUGAUAAACUCACAUAACUCCACUUAACUAAAAAUCUGACUCGCACACACUUUGAGAGAUCAGACGUAAAGGAAAAUGUCAGCGUUUCAAAUCUAAUCUCUUUCUGUUGCAUCUGUAUCAUUUAGUACGUGACCAGGACAAGUGAUCAUUUCAGAUUAGAUUGGAUUUAAUUUAAAAUGCACCACUCAAACUGUGGUAUGUGUACAUGAAGCACACCAAGAUUGUACAUCACCAAAUUAAUUUAAUGUAUUAAAAACAAAAAAAAUACACAAGCAAAUGCAUGUGGGGACCAGAGGAUGUUCAAAUUUCUGGGUCUUAAGAAUUUGCCUGGUUUCAUUUUAGACAAUGUUGUACCGUCACUAUCAAAUAUAAACAUUAGUUUCUCCAAAUAUCAUGAACAUUAAAAUAAAAGUUAUUUUGCAGCAUCUAAAUUGGAAUUUACAAUAUAAAUUUCAUGUACACGUUCCUGUGGAUGACUUUUAGGUGGUACUUUGACUUUUCAGUUUGAUUGUGGAUGGUAUGUGAUCUAAAAUGUAUGAGAACUAGGGCUGGGCGAUAUGGCCCUAAAAUAAUAUCACGAUAUUUCAUGGUAUUUUUGCGAUAACGAUACUCUUGACGAUAUGAAAAAACACUGAAUUAAAAAAAUAAUUAAAUUAAUAAAAUUAAUAAUUAAAUACACUACUGCAACAAAAUUAUAAUUGUAUUGUAUUAUUGCAUACAAUAUGAUAUGACGCCCCUAACUGAGAUAUUAAAAAAUACAAGAAUUAGAAUUAGAAUCAGAUUUGUAACAGAAGUCAAUAAUCCAGAAUGUCAUUAUACUAAUAGUGCACUCCAAAUAUCUACAUAUAUCCUGUAUUAAGUAAAAUAAAUGAUACUGGACCGAUAUAAUGGGAAUGAGAACGGUGUAAAUUUUUCUUUUCCCUGAUGUGAUAAUUUGGGGGUGGGUGAUAUAGAACAAUAUUUCAGAGAUUAAUAUUGUUCACUAUAUUCAAAAAUGUUGGCGAUAUUAUUGCGUAUGGUACGAGAUGGCACACCACUAGUUAGAACCACUGCACUAGCAUGACAAAAGUCAUGGAACAGUACAAGUUGUGAGAUGUUAUUUGAGGUGAGGGAGAACACUGGCCUGCAUGUAUUAUCAGAGUUUAAGUGACGACACAUGGGACUAGUUAACAGUACUAGUUAAUUCAUAUAUGCAGUUUUCUGCAACUCACAGUUACUGUGAUUCAUAACAUAAAACUUAAUCAUCAGUGUGUGCUCUGCAAAUGUUCCUAAGCAUUGUAAAAACUCAGACCAGAGCAUUGUCACCUAUUAUAAUUAAAAUAUGUCAGCUGAAUCAAACUCCUUACUCUUGCAGCCUUGGUCUCACAUGUAUUAAUUAUGAAAAAGAUAAGAAUUAUCUGUGCUCAAAAAGGAGUUAAAAGUUGAAAGUGUUUAAAAAUGGUUUAAAAAUGAAACUUCGGGGGAACUGUGGAGGUCAAGAUCAGAUGUUGACAUCUGAAAAUGUUAUCGGGCCAAGGUUGCAGAGAUUCUUGCAUACAGCAAAAAGAAUUCGGUGAAAGUGUUUUAUUAUGAACUUACAUAAAAAAAGGUUUUGUCUAUGGAAGCCCAAGAGGGCAAAAUGGCUAUGGAGUCACACAUUCUGUUUAUGCCUGGUUUCAGAUUAAAUACAUUUUUGACAAAAAAAAAGUUUGAGAAAAUAUUUGUUAAUAGUUGUCUUUACAAAUUGGGUGUGUUUAAUUAAAAAAAUGUUUUGUUCAUUAAAAAAUAAGCAUAUUACCGUUGUUGUAUAAAAAUAAAUUAGAUUAAUCUAAAAACGUCAAUUCCUCUUUGCUUAAAGUUUAAAUUUUAUUAUGAACAACAGAAAUGGUCCAAAAUUACUUGUUGAAAACAUUUGUUUAUUUAACUUCUAUUAUAGUAAAGUCUAUUCUUUUUUUAUUGUAUUUAUUUUAUUUUAUUUUAUUUAUUUUUUUUGCAAUGUUGCCAUUUGAACAGCAACAAUAUGAUACAGAUGCAACUGACAGAGACUGAAAGAUGCUGGAGUAUUCCUCUACAUAACAGAGCUCUGAAUAUUCAUCCAUUCAUCCACCCUAUAAAAUGUAUGUAUAUGAAUGCAGCAGCUCAAUGUGUGCCUGUUAUUUCCCCCCCCCCCUGUCUGCCAGCUCCUGACCCACAUGCAUGUAAUGUCCACCAGUGUGUGUGUGUGUGUGUGUGUGUGUGUGUGUAUUAUAUGCAUAAUGUGCUUUCAUACAUGUAUGUGUAUGUGUGUGUGUAUAUAUAUGCAUACCUUUAAUAUAUGCAUACAAGCUUCUGAUAUUAACAUGCGCUAUAUAUGCACACAUACAUUACAGUACAGUAUGUGUUCAUGUUUAAAGGUACUAAAGCACACUAAAAAAAAAGGUAAAAGAGAGACAGAAUGGGAGUUGUACAGCUACAUAAUUUAUUAAGAUGGAUAAAUGGUGGUUGGUGGUGCUUUUUUUUUAUUUUUUUUUAUCCAAUCCAAUACAACUGGCUCUUCCUCUUUAAUUAAAAGGAUGUACAUUUUGUGGAUACGGUGUGAAAAGAAUUUCUAUUAUUUUUGUUUUUGCACACUGCUCGGCACAAUGAUUUAGUGUUAUUUUUAUUUUCUGAGGGUGACUGUGAUAAAUGAGUGUGAUCAUCAUUCAGUGUUUAAUAUAUAAUAAUGAAAGCCUGUGUUAUUAUUUUUAAAAAUAUCAAAAAAUAUGUUUGAUUUGCUCGUCGUGUUUAUCGUUUAUUCAUCAUGCAGUAUUUUGAUUCCGGUUUUGGUGAUAAUCAAACUCUAACAUGUUUCAGUCAUGCGUUCUAUAACGACUGUGGACGUUUUCUUUUUGGAUAUAUUUCUACCAAGCUGAUUAAACUGAUUUUACACCUUUAAAA